UGCUCAAUGCUCGAGCGCGCUCGGAGCUGGUGUUACAAGAGUCGCGAGCGUAGAACCCCGCAAAGCUGUUUAUUCUGCUUUUUGGCUGUAAACCACAUAGUUUAUUAAGUGGCUACCUUGCGGGAAAUCACGCCAAAAAUGGCAGACAAAGAAGUGUACGACGAUGCAGUGGAGGAGAGAGUUAUAAAUGAGGAAUACAAGAUUUGGAAGAAAAAUACACCAUUCCUGUAUGAUCUAGUCAUGACACAUGCACUUGAGUGGCCGAGUUUGACGGUGCAGUGGCUUCCUGAUGUGAACAGGCCUGAGGGAAAGGACUACGUGGUUCAUCGGCUGGUGUUGGGCACACACACUUCAGAUGAGCAGAACCACUUGGUUAUCGCCAGUGUUCAGAUCCCUAAUGAUGAUGCUCAGUUUGACGCGUCCCACUACGACAGUGAGAAAGGAGAAUUUGGAGGGUUUGGGUCAGUGAGCGGAAAGAUCGAGAUUGAAAUUAAGAUCAACCAUGAAGGAGAAGUGAACCGAGCCAGAUACAUGCCGCAAAACCCCUGCAUCAUCGCCACCAAGACCCCCACUUCGGACGUGCUGGUGUUUGACUACACCAAACACCCAUCCAAGCCAGACCCCAGUGGAGAGUGUAGUCCAGACCUGAGACUGCGGGGGCAUCAGAAGGAGGGGUACGGUUUGUCCUGGAACGCCAACCUGAGUGGAAACUUGCUGAGUGCAUCGGAUGACCAUGUGAGUGAUCUCUAUUCAAAGCAUUAUUAUACUAAAAGAUAA